AUGAUACUGGAAAAGGGUCGCUAUAAACGAGUUAAGCCAGCUAUAGUAGUAUUUACAGCCGAAAAAUCCCCAGUCAAGGAAAGUUUCCCCUUUGUACAAGACUACAAAAAUAAUUUGACUGUUAUUUUCUGGCUGAGUGGCAAAGAUCGAGACGAGGAGGUGGAGCAACGAGCUAGGAAUAUACUACGUAGCCGUCUAUUAGUAAAGAAUAUAAUUGGGAAGCUUAAGAGCAUUCUAGGUACUGAGCCACUCAAUAUAAAGAUCUUAUUAACAAUAUUAUUAUAUUUAGAUACCCUUACCCUUGCUAAUCGUCUAGAUGGCCUAUCAUUGGCAAUAGUCAUCGCUGGUAAUUACAUUAUUAUUAAGAAUCCUGGUCCGACUUACAGCUACAAUCGAACCCUCGACGCCAGUACCAAUAAGGAAACAUACUACAAAUAUAGCUAA